AGGAAAGAGAGAAGAAGGCAAUAGUGCAGAGGGAAGUAGGAGGGAGAGAUUGGGUUGCUUGGGUUGAAGUUGGUGGAGAUAGUUUUCAGACUCUGCUUCUAGUUUCCUUCUCAUUGCACGUUUGGUGGGAAAAGGCUUGGGGGCCAUCCAGAGACCAGAAGAACAGGGGAUCAAGGAAGAAGAGUGUUUGAAAGGGGCGCAAAGAAAGAAACGAAGAAGAAGAACUGGAAGAGGACUGGUUGCUCCAAGAGAAAUCACUGAGUGGAUGUUGCCAUACUCAGUAGUGUCAGGUUUCACAAAAUGAAAGACCAGUUCAAGAGCGCUUCUGUAGGGCUCAACCAACCAAUCCAGGAUGCCAGCUGCUAGCAUCAUGACUGGUGGAAGAGCACUGCUGCUCUGUACGAACACAGAGAACUGCAUCUACCAGUCAGUCAACGGGCUCCAGUGCUGUGGCUUGCGGCUUGAAGACGCUCAAUCUGUGGUGUCCCAUAGACCGGACCUGUCCAGGGUUGUGGACACACAGUCCCCCCUAACAUCCCUGGACAACGCUGAGCAUUUCCCUGGGAACAUGGACAUGCUCACCGACAAGAGACCGAGUGACACUUAUCCUGUUGAAAAUGGCCUGGGGGGCUGCAACAAGCCUACAAAAACUCAUGUGGGAAUCAAAAGCACUGCCAGCAUUAGGGACAAAAUAUCCCAGUGGGAGGGCAAAACAGAUAGUGCCGGACCAAACCCACAGAGUGUCAUCCAGAAAGAGACAGAAAGUGUGAGGAAGAAGGAUAUAAAAACCACAGAGGUACAAAGAAGAGACAGCAAAAGAGGUAUUAGCUGCGACAGACAGGACAUUGGCAAAGAGAAUGGAAAUAAGAUUGGAGAAUCAAGGAAAAGUUCAGAGGUAUGUACAAGGGAAAGAGAUGUGAUACUGGAGAAAAUGCCUGUGGGGAAAACUGACAUUGUCCAAGACAAGAAGUCUGUUUUGACGCACAUUAAGAAACUUGAGCAGGCCAUGAAGGAAACCCCUACUAAGCCAUCUUUGCCAGGCAAUUAUUUCUGUCCACCUUUUAAAGACAAACAAGAGGAAACAGAGAAAAAGGCUGCAGAACCCAUCUUCGGGACUGUGGAAGUGGUGAGGGCUGGCAGCCGCCGUGGUCGAAACAGAGACCCUGAGAACGUGUACACUGAGCCUGGGGCUCCGUCCAUUAACCCUCUGCCCAAACCUCAACGUACCUUUCAGCACCACACUCAAACAAACAACCGUGGACCUCCCCAAGGUUCAGUGAAAGGGAGGAGGAAUCUGCCCCCUUUGCCCUCAAUACCCCCUCCACCACUUCCCUCCUGCCCUCCACCACCUGGGGUGUGUCAGAGGCCUUGGCAGGAACGCACUCGAGACAGUAAUAACAGGAAGUCCUACGAGUUUGAGGAUUUGUUGCAGUCAUCCGCUGAGGGCUGUCGAGUGGAUUGGUAUGCUCAGUCCAAGCUGGGUCUCACACACACUUUAUCUGAGGAGAAUGUCUAUGAAGAUAUCUUAGAUCCUCCGUCUAAAGAAAACCCUUAUGAAGACAUAGAAUUGGAAAGCCGCUGUGCUGGAAACAAAUAUCCUGUUCCAACGUCACCGUCUUCGCCCACGCUCAACACUCCAACAAAGCUCUCCUCUAAGCCUGGCUUCUUCAGGCAGAGUUCAGAACGACGGAGCUUCAAACUAUUAGAUCUGCGCAAGACAAACAGAGAUGGAGGCAUUGCGUCACCUUCAAGGAUAAGCCCACCUUCAACCCCUAGCAGCCCUGAUGAUACACCAUGCCUCUCUGGAGACCCCUAUAACCGCAGACGAAGGAAAAUCCCCAAGAUGGUGCUGAAAAUAAAUGGCAUCUUUGAGGCCCGGAGAGGGAAGAAGAAGAUGAAGCGGGUCUCUCCAUCGACUGAAUCCAGCUCAGGGCGAGUAACAGAUGAAAACAGUGAAUCAGAGAGUGACACAGAAGAAAAGCUGAAAGCUCACAGCCAGAGGUUGGUGUCAGUGCAGUCCAUGUUAAAACAGACGGGCCGGUAUCACACACUGGAGAGAGAUUUGAUGGACCUACAGGAGAGGAAACUGUUUGAGUACUUCCUAGUGGUGGCUCUACAUAAAACCAAAGCAGGAGCCCCUUAUUUGCCUGAAGUCACCCAGCAGUUCCCACUUAAGCUGGAGAGGAGUUUCAAGUUCAUGCGAGAGGCUGAAGAUCAACUGAAGGUCAUUCCUCAGUUCUGCUUUCCUGAUGCCAAAGACUGGGCCCCUGUGGACAAUUUCCCCAGUGAAACCUUCUCAUUUGUCUUGACGGGGGAAGAUGGGAGCAGAAGAUUUGGCUACUGUCGACGUUUAUUGCCUACUGGGAAAGGGAGGCGUCUGCCUGAGGUCUACUGCAUAGUGAGUCGACUGGGAUGUUUUGACCUCUUUUCAAAGAUGUUGGAUGAAGUUGAGAAAAGGAGAGCGAUUUCCCCUGCUCUGGUGCAACCCUUCAUGAGGGGCAUUAUGGAGGCUCCAUUCCCCGCUCCAGGCAGAACCAUUACUGUGAAGAACUUCCUGCCAGGCUCAGGAACCGAGGUAAUAGAGCUGUGUCGUCCCUCUGACUCACGGCUGGAGCAUGUAGAUUUCGAAUGUCUCUUCUCCUCUUUGAGUCUGCGUCUACUCCUGAGAGUCUUCGCCUCACUGUUGCUGGAGCGGAGAGUGAUCUUCACAGCAGACAAGCUCAGCACACUGUCUCAGUGUUGUCAUGCAGUGGUGGCCCUGCUCUAUCCCUUCACAUGGCAGCACACAUACAUCCCUGUGUUGCCCCCUGCUAUGAUGGACAUUGUUUGCACUCCGACUCCUUUCAUUGUGGGCCUGCUGUCCAGCUCUCUGCCUCGACUCAAAGAGCUUCCCCUGGAGGAAGUCCUGGUGGUGGACCUUGGCAAUAGUCGUUUCCUACGACAGAUGGAUGAUGAAGACUCCAUUUUGCCUCACAAACUGCAAACUGCUCUUGAGUAUGUCCUGGAGAAGAGGAAAGAGCUGGCGUCUGACAGAGGAGACCUUCCCUCUGAACACUGCUCUCUGAGCGCUGUGGUGUCCGAAGCUUUUGUCCGCUUCUUUGUGGAAAUAGUCGGACACUAUUCGCUCUUUAUGGGGGGAAACGAACGUGAUGAAGAGUCCUCAGCCUCUUCCUCCUCCCCCACGCCUUUGUCCUUCCAUCGCGAGGCCUUCCGCAAGGCUGUGUCUUCAAAGAGUCUGCGCCGCUUUCUGGAGGUCUUCAUGGAGACACAGAUGUUCGCAGCCUUUAUUCAGGAGAGGGAGAUGCGCAGGCAGGGACUUAGAGGAUUGUUUGAGGUAAGGGCUCAAGAUUACCUGGACGCACUGCCUGGAGCUGAGAAUCGAGGGGUCAACAAGUUUCUCAAAGGGCUUGGUCACAAAAUGAAAUUCCUUUCCAAAAAGUGAAGUAUCUCUGUGUUUGGUGGACAGAUUUAAGCACCAAUUAAGCUCCACAGCAGUGAUUCUGCAAAGACAUGAACCUGAAACCUCAUGACAGCACUGAGACUGGGGGAAACGCCAUGAGCCUGGCAAUAAAACAGAACUCCGAUGUGAAUUCUUGGCUUCAUUAAAUGAUUGUCUUCCAUUUUUUCUUGCAAAAAAAAAAAACAGUACCGAGGUCAUGUUUCACCAUAGACUGGUAUGGUUUUCAGUGUGUGUGUAUUUUGAGUAACUGCUCACAUUCUAUAAAAUAUGCUUAGAGGAAAAAGUAGGCAUGGACCAAAGUUUAAUUUCCUGUACAGUCCUGUUUUUUUUUUCCCCACAUAAAAAUUGUUUGAUUUUUGAUCGCUGAUAUGUUUUACCUUAGAAAUAGAGUACAACUUCUAUAACAGGGGGCAAUAAUUUAAUUUAUAUUCUUUCUAGAAAAAGACAUUUAUAAUUUCUUACAUAAAACUUUGUUGCUUUUUAAAUACAAGAAUAAACAGAAAAGUUGCUAGUUUGUUAUAGGCUAUUUAUCGCAGCAUAUUCCAUACAUUGGAUUUGUGAGUAAAAUACCACUGUGACCAGUCAUUUAUGUUGGAAAUCAAAAAAAGAAGAGGACGAGUGGAAUCUGGAAGUUGACAGACUGAUGGAGGAAAGUAGCGUGUUCUGUGAUACAAAUCUGCGUACGUGUCUUGGACUGUAUCGAACAAUGGACUUCAUUUUUUUUUUAGAUGAUGUUUUCUUUGCCUUUUUGCUGUCCGUUCUUAAAAACACCACUAUAUGUGUCUGAAACCUGAUUAACAAAAGAGCUGCUGGUUUCCUUUUCAGAAUGUCUCAUAGCUGUGAUUUGACUCGUAUCAAAGUAUAAACCAAGUAUCCAGGCCUCCAUCUACACCACUGGGGGUCACUACAGAGAGGACUUCACCUUUUCUUGUGUAUUUUAUUUAUUAUUUUUUCAUGCUAAUGUUAGUCAUGUUUUUUUUUCCCACUUUGUUCAAACCAAAACUCACUGAACCUGCUUAUUAACAUUAUUUUUUCAAAUUAAAGAUAUGCAAAGUUUCAUUACAAAAAACCCUAACAACAACAACAACAACAACAACAAACAGGCUUACUGACUGCUCUUUUGUUUCUUGUAUAUAAUUAUUCGAUAGACUUUUAGUCAUUUGGUGAUCUUAGCAUUGCCUUCAUAUGUGUGAUUACAGCAGUAAUUAUAAUGAAGCAAAUACAGAGCUGAUUCAGUGAAACACAGAUCCUCAUUCUCUUUACUCCCUCACGCAUUUCCCAUGCUUCUCCGAGAGCACAUACUGAAUUCUUAUUGAAGAUGAUCUCCAAAAGAAAACAAAACGGAUCCACAUGGCACAAAUCCAUAAAAGCAAGGUGUCAAUACAUAAAAUGAGACCUUUGUCUCUUGCAGCUUAUAUUAAGAGGGUCAGUUUCAAAACUGUUGCGUAUUCCAUCACAAAGAUCAGAUUGUUUGAAGCAAUUUUUAAAAACUGUAUUAAA